UCCUGAGUGAUUGUAUUACUGAGGUUUCAUUUUUUAAAAUCUCUUUAAGUCUAAAACGUAAAAUUUGGAUAAAAUUACAUCCAUCCGUUCUACGAGAGUAUAUCAUUUUCUAUUGAAUACUGAUGUCAUUUGAUCACUGUUAUCACAGAGGACGAAAGUUAUUGUUUGCAUGGCAUUUAUAUCCAAACAUGGCAUUAGCAGCUAUUCCGUAAAGUUACUUUUAUCAUUGCUUGAUAAAGAAACAGCUGUGGAUGAUCGGUAUCGUUACUAAGGACUCGUCAAAGCGAAGCAAGCACUGAGCUAUGAAGGGCAUUUAAGUUCGGUCAGGUUUUAGAACAAGUAUUGAAUUCAUUCAGAGACAAUGUUCAAACCAUUCUAUCCAAUCAACCAAUUUAACAAUGAACCUGCAAUGACUGCUACAUUUCAUAAUUUUUACAACUGAUCCUAAACUGUAAUCAUAUCGUGAUUUAGAGAAGUAUAAUUUGCUACUCUUAAAAAGGGUUGUAGGUCUUGAUGUUGUACGGUAAUCAAUAUAUCGAUUGAUUUAGAAGAUGUAUCGUUAAGAUAUCAGCAGAAACAUGGGAAGAUCUAACAGAUUUCCAGACCUGCAAUCUCCAAUCGCAAGUACAAACAAUGCAGCUCCAUUGACCAAAGAAUCCCAGGAUGUCGUCAGCGUCGAGCGUCGUGACUAUUCCCUGGACACGUGCAUUACCUGGGCAGUCAGAAUCAUCGUUAUUUUCAUUUCCGUUUCUUGUGUCUUCUAUCGUGAAAUCCUUCAAAACACCAUCAACAGUUCUUGGCUGUUUUUGCAAAAAUCUUGGAUUUUUAAUUCCGUGUACUUUGAAACUUGGUGGGCCACGUUUUGCUUUGCUUGGAUUAUUCCUCUAUAUCCAUUUGCUAUACAUUUUAUACCGAGUUUUAACAAAUAUAAAAUCGAUCCGUCGGUUACAUACGUGCAUCAAACUGUUCUUGGGAUGUUGAAAGAAGCUGUGAUUUAUAUGGCGCCAUUAAUGUUUCUGGAUACAGUUACUGUAAAAAAAUAUCACGGUGUGGAUCCAAGUAUCUGGAAAGCCAAACAGCAGUCCGUUAUACAACACACCCGGGCUUUACCUUCGGAUCCGCCAGAGCUCGGGCGCAUUUUGUUUGAUCUCAUUGCAUCUAUAAUGACAUUCGAUGUCUUCUUUUUCAUUGUUCAUCUGUUUUUCCACAAAAACUUAUGGCUCUUUCGAAAUAUCCACGCUCACCACCAUCACCAUGACGUCAUGCAUCCUCACGUGACCAACAAACUCACGGUGGUUGAAAGAAUAGUAUUAAUUUUGUCCGCCAAUUUUGCGCUUAAGUUGUUCCAGAGUCAUCCUUUGACCCGGAUGUUGUUUGUUCCGGUUUUCGUGUGGCUUCUUGUAGAGAACCACACAGGUUACGAUUUGCCAUUCGGACUGCAUCGUGUCAUUCCAUUCCAUUUGUACGGUGGAUCCGUGAAGCACUAUAAACAUCAUAUACACGGUUCUAAAUAUUACCAACCAUUUUUCACAUAUCUUGACCUUUUGUUAGAAUCAUUUAUUAACAGUAAGAAAAUGCAAUGGAAAUACAACGGAAGUAAAGAGAAACAAUAGUCGAUGAAUACCUGUAUGAACAUUCGCUUGCAUGAUGGCCAAAUAACAGACAUGUAUUUGUCUGAUCUAUUAUUAUGUUAUGGCAUUGUCGUGUUGUUGUAUGUGUUACAAAGAUUAUAUGUAAUCUCACAACUUGUACAUGAAUGUACUUUUAAACAACCAAA